UUUCACACGGUCCCGUUCCGGCAAGCCACACGCCACGCUCCCCACUCCCGCACGACGGCAGCAGCAGGAGCGGCGCCUACCCACCAGCGCGGCGCCGACCGGCGAAUCGACCCUCGGCCCCGGCGAGGUCUCUCAGGAGCAGGACUGAUGGAAGCAGACAAGCAGUCGUGGUCAGACCUCCCGCUGGAACUGGCCGGCCUGGUGCUCAGCCUGCUCCCGGCGUACGCCGACCGUGCCCGCUUCGCCGCAGUGUGCCCCCAGUGGCGUGCGGCUGCGAGGCAGCUCCAGCCCCCGCCACUGCCGCUGAUCGCACUGCCGGAUGGCACCUUUUACAGCCUCAUGUACGACAAGCCCUUCCGCUUCCCUGACUGUGGCUUCCCAGGGUACGAGAAUGUCUGUGGCAGCUGGCUCGUCUUCUCACGUGCCCACGGGUGCUUCCUGGUAGACCCCUUCUCCAGGGCCACCGUGGCGCUCCCUGCUCUCUCCAGCGUCCGACUCCGGCCUCCAAAUGCUGUCGCUAAAUGGUCAGAGUACGGAGGUCCAAAGUUUGCUGACCCCUACAUCACAUGGAUGCAUAUCAAUGACUCAGAGGAGCUGCGCAUAAGUAAGCUAAUCAUGUGCUCACCACAUCUCGUUGCUGCACUUGUUGGCAUUGGUCACACCAGUCAGAUUCUAAUGUGCCAGCCAGGGGCCUUGUCGUGGUCAGUACGCGCUUACGACCAGUGCAAGGAUUUUGAAGACAUGUCGUUCUACCAGGGCAAGCUGUAUGCCAUUGCCAAGGACGAGAACCUCCUUGUGGUGAACAUCAGCGAAGACCAUAGCACCGGCGAUCCACAGGUUUCUUGGAUUGGACAGGUCAUCAGGGGUGAUUCUCCUCCAUGGUAUUCAUGUGUGUUUGACGACAACAGUAUGCCCUUAAAGAAGCUCUACCUGGUUGAAUCGCGUGGGAUGUUGCUGAUGGUACGCAGGACGAUUUGGUGUCAGUUUCCUGAACCUGGAGAAGGCAAUGAAGUUAUUGCUGGAAAGAACGAGUUUGAGGUUUUCCAGGCUGACUUUGAGCGUUCACGGUGGGUCAAGGUGUCGACCGUGGGGGAUGACCAAGUGCUGUUUGUGGGGCGAAAGUGCUCGAGGUCCAUGUCCGUGUCGCAGUACGGGUUGCCGGGCGAUCGCAUCUUCUUCUUGGAUGAUGAUGAGGAUAAUCGCAUAGAGUAUGCCUAUGAGGAGGAGAAUACUUCUUUCGGCGUCUAUUCCAUGAGAUCCCGCAGCAUCCGUUCCGGUGAUCCAAAUAUUUCCUGGAAGCGCUGCGCUGAGAUGUAUCUGGCAGCAUGGCUCUUCCCUCAGGACCGCUGAGAGGUUCUUAUAUUGUUAGCCCGUUAUCGCUAUGCAAGCUGCUCCCAGGUUAUCUGACCAUGCUAUUGAUGUUGUCGUUAUGCUGUUAUUCUGCAA